GUAUCUAUUUCUUUAACUCCAUUAUUACUGGAAAGAUAUCACUUGAAAGCUUGAAGAGUCUUUAUUCAAUGUUUCCUCCUGAGCAAAGUGGCGAUUUCUUGAUCCACUAAAAUCCCCACCAAGAAGAUAUUGCAUUCAACAGGAUCUGAUAUUCCUGGGUCAAGCUUCGCUGGAGGGAAGUAACCUAACCCAAAAAAUGAGAAAGGGCAAACAACAUAAAAUAUUAGCUUCUGCAAAAGACAAUGAUGGAAGUGAUAAUUUUAAUGAUUCUGAGAAGAAGAUCAUACGUAAGGAAAUCGAACGGCAAAGAAGACAACACAUGUCCAUGCUUAACGCAUCACUUCGAUCAUUGCUCCCUCUUGAAUCUAUUAAGGGAAAACGUUCAGUGAGUGAUCACAUAAAUGAGGCUGUGAAUUAUAUUAAAAACCUGGAGAAGAAAAUCCAAGACUUGAGUUCGAAGAGAGAUAAUCUUAAAAAUUAUACAGAUUUAGAUGGCCUUGACCAUGGAAAUGCAACUUCUAGUAACCGUUUAACAAAUAGCAGUGUCACCGUAAGCCCUUACUGCGGGGGAGUGGACAUUGUGAUAAAUAGUGUCCUUAGAGAGGAAGGCUUGAUUCUUUCAAGAGUUCUUGAAGUUGUGCUUGAAGAAGGACUUGAUGUUACUCGCUGUGUCUCCACCCAAACAGAUGAUGGGUUCUUUCAUAAUAUUCAGUCAGAGGUUGAAGAUCUGACAGGUAUUGAUCUAUCUGAGCUGCAACAGAAACUUAAUGAUGUGAUUGUGUCAACUAGCUAGACGGUGAGAAGGGUUGAUGGAUUCUGAGCUCUCCAUGAACGGAUCGAUUCCAGGGCGUUAUAUUACCUUUUAUUAAAAGAAAUAUUGCUGCGAGUCUACUUUAAGGGUAAAAUCCAAAUCAAAAUAUUAUGUCAAAAGUUUAUCAAGCAAGCAUGAGCAGAGUACUUUUCCCGCAGCAUAUAUAUGUUUGUUAAGACUGGAUUUCAUGUUGCAACCUAAUUAUGUAAUUAA